UUGUAACCAAUCACUCACUCUUUGUCCCUUCUACUCAUUUUCCUAUUUAACAUUCCAUAGUUUUCAUUCUCUCUUUAACAUUUCAUAGUUUUCAUUCUCUCUUUAUCUGAGAAAGCCCAGAUACUCCCAUAGAAAACCCAGAUGAAGAAAAUUGUAUUGAAGGCAGAGAUUAACUGCGAGAAAUGCAGGAGAGAGGCAUUUGAAGCAAUUGCUAAUGUUGAAGGUGUUGAAUCUGUGACUGUAGAUGUUGAGGAGAAAAAGGUGACAGUGAUUGGAGAUGUAGACCCUGCCUGCUUAACCAUGGAACUCAGAAGGCUUGGAUGGGCAGACUUGGUGAGCGUGGGUUCUCAUGCCAAGGAAGAAUAUAAGAAGCAGGCUGUCAUAAAGGAGGACGAUAAGAAGGGUAAAAAGGACUCCCCCAAGAAGGGUGAAACAAAGGAUAUUAACGUAUAUGUGAGGAGGUUGCCAGAUGAAAAUCAAAAUAGAAAACUUGUGAUCAGGGGAAGCUGCGAUCAUUGUGAAGACAUAUAUAUCCUAAGUGAUGAGAAUGCUAAUGCCUGUUGCAUUUCCUAGGAAGACUUGGGGACAAUAAUUAGUGUUGCAUUUCCUAGGAAGAUUUGGGGACAAUAAUUAGUUUUCUUGAGGAGUUGCAUUAAGAAAAGUAGGAAAAUGAAGGAUUUCAUACCUGCUUUUGUAGUUUGUGUUUGUAGUCUAUGUAAGCCAUUGUUCAAUCUUUAAUUUAAGAAAGUGAUUUUAGUCAGUAAA